AUGGCACGCUUCACCCUCCUCGCCCUGGCCCUCGCUAGCACCAUUCUCUCCCCUCUGUCUACCGUCCUCGCGCACCCCGCCAACGGCCCCCGCGACACAAAGUUCGGCUGCGGUGUCGUGCCCACCGCCGAGUUCCUCGCCACAGCCAAAGAGAUGGCCGCCGAGGAAGCAGCGUCGAAAUCCGCUCUCGGGGCUCUGGCUGCCGAUGGAGCUAUUUCCGCAGCCGCGACUAUCAACGUCAAUGUGUAUUUCCAUGUCGUGGCGAGAUCGACCGCUGCGAGUGGUGGGUAUGUGACCGCGGCGCAGAUUGAGAAUCAGUUGACGGUUAUGAAUAAUAAUUAUGCUGCUUCCGGUUUCCAGUUCACCAACGCCGGUACUGACUGGACCAUCAACACCCUCUGGGCAUCUGACGGCGCCGAGUUGGCGAUGAAGAAGGCGCUCCGCAAGGGUACUUACAAGGAUGUGAACAUCUACUUCAUGUAUGCUAUCGGUGGUAGCUAUGGAUACUGUUAUUUCCCAACCACCGCUGCUACUGGAUCCGAUAAAUUCUAUUACGACGGCUGCUCCGUUCUCUACAGCACCGCGCCUGGCGGCUCCGAAACGAACUACAACCUCGGCAAGACCGUGACGCACGAAGUCGGCCACUGGAUGGGUCUCCUCCACACCUUCCAAGGCAGCUCGUGCUCGGGCUCAGGGGACAGUAUCGCCGACACCCCGCAGCAAUUGUCGGCUACCAGUGGGUGCCCAACUGGUCGUGACUCGUGCCAAAAUGUCGCUGGUUUGGAUCCUAUCCAUAACUAUAUGGAUUAUUCUUAUGAUUCUUGCUAUGACAACUUCACUCCUGGCCAGGAUACUCGUAUGCUUAGCAUGUGGAACACCUUCCGUGCUUAGAUGCGUUCCAGCUUCGAGAAAGGGGUGCUUCCAACAGCAGCAGGUGGAGAGGCGAAAUGAGAGCGAGAUUGAGACUAAGAAUUAGACUGAAAAAAUGACCAUUAGCCGCCGUUGGAAAAUGGGUUGGCUAGACUGAAUGUGUGUCACUUAACGCUUCUGUUAGUUUGAUGUUAGAAGACAGUUUGACCUCUAUGGCAAGCACAUCUCGCUUGCUAUUGUUAGGACUGUGUACAACUAGUAGGCGGAUAUCCUUAUAGCAGAGUGCAUCAAAGAGUCUAGUGUCCCCUUCCACUCUACUAGCUAGAGGAGACAAAUGACAAAGUCUAAUUAGAG